AUUUCAAAACGGGCGAUGCACCUAUGAACAUCCAUUGAGACACAACAAGGAAAUAACGUUAUUUUUCCUUACCGAGUUCUUAUCUUCACAUGAUUCAUACAAAGGAAAUUAUAGCAUCGUUUUGAAAGAACUGAUAUUUAUUUCUAUCGGUGGAGUAAUUACUUGUUUUAGUGAGAUUUACUGGACAUGGGGUGCGCCGUUUCAGCCGAUGACAAAGCGGCUGUCGAGAGAUCGAAACAAAUCGACAAGGCGCUGAGGCAGGAUGGAGAGAAAGCAUCGAGGGAAGUGAAACUCUUACUUUUGGGUGCUGGGGAAUCUGGGAAGAGCACAAUUGUCAAACAGAUGAAAAUUAUCCAUGAAAAAGGGUAUUCACAAGAAGAAUGUUUACAGUACAAACCAGUGGUUUACAGUAACACAAUCCAAUCUAUGAUUGCAAUAAUUCGGGCCAUGGGACAACUGAAAAUUGAGUUUGGAUACCCAGAGAGAGCAGAUGACGCUAGGAGGCUGUUUUCUAUGACUGGGAAUGCUGAGGAAGGUGAUUUGUCUCCUGAGCUGGCAGCCAUUAUGAAGAGGUUGUGGAAGGAUUCGGGGGUGCAGGCAUGUUUUGGACGUUCAAGAGAAUAUCAGCUCAAUGACUCAGCAGAAUACUACUUAAAUGCCCUGGAUAGGAUAUCCCAGCCUUCGUAUGUCCCCACAGAACAAGAUGUCCUCAGGACCAGGGUCAAGACUACUGGCAUAGUAGAGACCCACUUCACAUUCAAAGAUCUGCACUUCAAAAUGUUUGAUGUUGGAGGUCAGAGGUCUGAGAGAAAAAAGUGGAUCCAUUGUUUUGAGGGUGUGACUGCUAUUAUAUUUAUUGUGGCAAUGAGUGAAUAUGACUUAACACUGGUGGAAGACCAGGAAAUGAACCGCAUGAUGGAGAGUAUGAAGCUGUUUGAUUCAAUAUGUAACAACAAAUGGUUCACCGAUACCUCAAUUAUCCUCUUCCUCAACAAGAAAGACCUGUUCGAAGAGAAAAUCAAGAAAUCACCCCUUACCAUCUGUUUCCCAGAGUAUCAGGGUGAUAAUAAUUUUGAACAAGCAGCAGCAUACAUUCAAUUGCAGUUUGAAAAUCUGAACAAGCGAAAAGACACAAAGGAAAUUUAUACCCAUUUUACUUGUGCCACAGAUACUAAUAAUGUUCAGUUUGUUUUUGAUGCGGUGACAGACGUCAUUAUUAAGAACAAUCUCAAAGACUGUGGUCUGUUUUAAACAGGAAUGAACACUUGGCCUGUGUUAAAGGGAAAUAUUCAAGGACAAAUAAGCCAACUGAACUUGAAGACGUACCAAAAUGCUGAAAUCCUCUGUUAAAUGUGACAAUCUUCCUGUCCCCGGCUGUCCAGUGUUCUCUGAAAUAGUGACCAAAUUCUUAGGGACCAGGUUAAAGGAAACAUUAUCACAGGAAUCAUUUUCUCCCUUCCUCUGCUCUUAGGAGUUCAGUCCAAUGACAUGAUUGCAAUACUUGAUUCUAAGUUCCUAAUUUAAUCUUAUUUAUGGAAUUCAAAUGUUUGUUUAAUAACCUUUACUAUAGACUUAUACCAGUAUUUACAAAAUUACAAUACUUUUUUCUUUAAUUUGACCAAGAUUGUCAGAAAAUUGUGUUCUAACAGUUUGCUUCUUUUCAUCAUUGGACAAAAGUCCAGUUCAGGUAGAUAUUUAACAAGUAUAAUUAUUGCUUCCCUUUAUAUGAGAUGGGCAUUUGUUUGUUAUACAUACAAAUGAGAAAUAUUUUUUUAUUGCUUUAUAGAUUAUAUAUCAAUUGAUUUAAUUUCAUUCCUGAUCAUGUAAAUAUUACCAUUAAAUUAACUGUUUUAGUUACUGUGAACAAGAGCAGGUGAUGACGAUUGUGAAAUACAGAGCACCCCACCAAGCCUACCAUUGUGUUUCACCCUCAGACAUCUUAAAUUUCCACUAAAACAGUGCUAUAAUGUGUGAUCUAAUAAUUCAUAAAUGCUCAAUAUUUUAAUGUACUUAAUAUUACACUGUCAUUACCUUUUUUUAAAUACAGCAAAAUAUUCUAUAAUGGGAAAUAAAUUUAGAAAUUUGAGUAAGCAGUGGUGGUAUAAAGCUUACUGUUUCUGAAAUGUUGCAUUGAAUGAAAUGUAUGUUCUGUAAAAUACUUUGAUAUUUUAAAUGUGUAUAUUGUAUCAAUUUUGUUUUAACUAUGAACAAUCUUCAUCAUUGUCUUUCUGAUUUAGUAUUGAAGGCAGAAUGUAUCAUAAGAUCUUUUGUCAUUUCAAGACUGUAUGUUCAAAAGUAGUUGUCUGACAAAUGUAUAAAAAAAAAAGUUUUUGUGUCACCUGCAGUGCAGAGUGACUUUUAGGGAUCACUUUAGCUGAAUCUGUCUGUCUGUCCCUCCAUCUGUCACACCCUAUAUCUUGAGAAUUGUAAGAGCUAUGGAUUUGAUAUUUUGCGAUAUAUUGCCUAGCACUUUGGCUUUUGUAAAAUACCAUGAUUAUCGACCUUGUGACCCUUAAACUUGACUUUUGACCUACUUUUCAAAAAAAUUAUUGUGCCGAUAUACAGCAUAUUUUUGACAUUUAAGAGGUAAGUCUGUGCUAUUUAACAUGUGCACUGUUUGCCAUAAAACAUCAUGGAAAAUACCAGCAUUACAGUCCAAAUGACCUUUUUACGUACUUUACAAAAAUACUCUGGACUAAAUCACGUUUAUGAGCUCAUGACACUGUACCUUGAAACAUUACUUGUACAGUUACCACUCAAACUGAAAUUUUUAAUACAUGUACAAUGAAAUAACAUAACAUUAGGAUCUUUAUACCAACAGGAUUGUUGUAGACUCACAAUUGCAGACAAGAUAGACUUAAAAUCUCUUUUGGAUGAUAGUUGGAUUAAAAAUGUAUGAACAAAAUAAAAAUCAUCAUUCAUUUUAGCUUUGAGGGUUGGGGAAUCAUUUCUAUUUGAUUGUCAGAUCUUAUAUGAUAAAAGCAAUUCUUUGGAUCUUACUAUCAGUGGAUUUUUUUUCUUUGCAGGCAAAUGCCUGAACUAUAAUGCUGGAGCAAAUGAAUAACUGACCACUUUUAGAUUUAAUUUAAUCUUUAAUGAUGCUAUAAAGCAGGUGACUCAUGCACUCCUUGAAACACUCUAGAUCUUCAUGCUACUGAAUACAAAAUCUUGCUGUACAGUUUAUGGAAUAAAUUUGAGAUAAUAUGGUUUUUUGGUUAAAUUUUUAUGACUUUAGACAGUGUUUACAGUAGAGUAUAUUAUUCAGUAUAUGAUUUUUAGUUUCACUGGUUGGAAGCAAAAAAGGUAAAUAAAGGCUUUGUAAAAGAUCCUUUAUCCAACCAUUACUACAAUAUCUGUAAAUAAAUUUCUAAAAUGCAA